AUGGCUGAGGUGAGCCAAGAUAAUGAGGCUGCGGAAAAGGGGCCAGAACGUUCACCUCCGGAAGCUGUGCCAGGUGACACAACCAUCUCCAGGGUGAAACUCCUCUACACCAUAGUAGACACUUUCCUCCAGAAACUAGUCGCCGACAGAAGCUACGAGAGAUUCACCAGCUAUUACAAACACUUCCACCAGUUGAUCACCAGCUAUUACAAACACUUCCACCAGUUGAUCACCAGCUAUUACAAACACUUCCACCAGUUGAACCCUGAGGUGACGCAGUGGAUUUAUGACAAGUUUGUGGCUCAGUUGCAGAUAUCCAUCUGGGAGGAAAUCUCAGAAAUCAAAGAGGAGGGGAACCUAGAAGCUGUCCUGAACUCCCUGGAUAAGAUCAUAGAAGAAGGCAAAGACCACGGAGAGCCAGCCUGGCGACCCAGUGGCAUCCCAGAGAAAGACCUGUGCAGUAUCAUGGCACCCUACUUUCUGAAGCAACAGGAUACCUUGUGCCGUCAAGUGCGGAAACAGGAAGCCAAGAACCAGGAACUGGCUGACGCUGUCCUGGCCGGGCGCAGGCAGGUGGAGGAGCUGCAGCAGCAGGUUCAGGCCCUCCAGCAAACAUGGCAGGCUCUACACAGAGAGCAGAGGGAGCUGUUGUCAGUGCUGAGGGCACCCGAGUGAGGAGCCACUGGGCCCAAGCAGAAAGC